AUGCGGAAGGAAGGGAAGCGGACAUGGUGGUGCAUAUAUUCGCAUGAAGUCGAAAUGUGCUGCUCUUCUGGCCGCCUAGACAGCAUGAAAGACCUCGACUACUACCAAGUCCCUCUUCCAACACUAAAGACAACACCAGGCCACGAACAAGACCCCGACACAGAAGACAACGACGUCGCCAUGAUCCCCGUAAUGGUAGCAUUAGCGCAAAUCAUGACCAAAGCAUCACACCACCUGUAUCACUCAAAUAAACGCAGUAUGCAUGAGAGGUCGCGCAUCGCGAUGGAUCUUGAUCGGAGGUUGUUGGCAUGGAAGGAGGGUUUGCCGGCGUUUUUGAAUGUUGAUAAGGCGUCAUUGAAUGAUCCCGAGUGGGCUUUUAAGCAGAAGUUGGUUUUGAGGUUGAGGUUUUAUAAUACGCGGAUUCUUAUACAUCGACCGUUUUUGGUAGCAUCAACAUCGACAUCUACAUCUACCUCCACAUCAGAACAAAUCUCCUACCUCAACCACAUCCACCUCUGCCUCGCAGCCGCCCAAUCAAGCAUCCAAAUGCAAUACGAAUCCUUCCUCCAUCGAAUCUACAUCCGAACUUGGUGGUACAACACAACCUACGCCCUCUACAGCUCCAUGAUCCUCCUAUACCUAAUUCUAGCAGGCGUUCCGGAUAUCCCCGAAGAAGAAUUGUUGAAAGAUGUCGAGAAGUCGCUGGAUAUAUUCGAGUCAAUGAGGAAUGUUGUUGUCGCGAGACGCUGCGCGGAGAUGAUAAGGGAGGUGAUGGAUGUUACGAGGGAGUGUUUGAGGAGGCGGCCGGCGGAUCAUGCGCAGGUGUUGAGACCGCAGUCUCAACAGCAACAGCAGAUGCAGAUGCAGCCAACGUCACCAUCUUUGAUUCUGGGAACUGGGACUGGGACAGGGCCUACGGUGAUGGCGAACGAGUCUUCAGCACUACAUCAAAAUUAUAGCAACGCUACCACCCUCAACAACUAUAACUUUGACUCGCAUCCGCAGGCUUUUAUUACAGGUCUAAACCCAAUAGCAACCGCCGUCCUAACAGCCAUCCCACUAUACAUAAAACAGCUAUGA